AUGAGCGUGAGGGAUAUUGCACUUGCUGAACUUGCUCCAACACAUCCUAUUAGGUUGGGGCUGGCACUCAACUUCUCAGUGUUCUACUACGAGAUUCUAAAUGCAUCAGAAAAAGCAUGUAGCAUGGCAAAACAGUAUUUGCUCUUUGAUGUUAUUGCAACAAACCCUGCCUGCAUCUAUUUAAGUUUGGCCAUGACCUUCAAAGGACCACCACCUGAGAGAAUUGUAGCAAAGUUUUCAUGA